UUCCGCGAUGAUCAGAUAUAAUGGGAUGUCGCCGCAAAUGGCACCUAUGCCAGGGAUGAAUUGUCCUCCGAUGGGGAACCUUUGCCCUUCUUCAUGUUGGUCAACUGAUGUCUUAACAGGAUGCAUCAAGUGUUCGUGUGAAAUGAACGUUGCCAAUUCCAUAAAACCAAAGUCAACAACAUCCCCUGUGACAGCACAAAAUAACAGCAACUCAGAAUCAACACACGCAGUGCUCAGGCCUACGCUUCAAGUACCAACCCGCCCGCCAGCAUCAAAGAAUAACAUGUCAAUCGAACCAACAACAUCAACAGUUCAUCCUUCCCUCAAAGGUACCUUUUCAACAAAACAAGUCAAUCAGCAGAUCCCAUUUGCACAAACCAUUUAUCCAAUUUUGAAGCAACCGUUCGAUAAUCUGCCGACACAAACAGCAAAUGCACACAAACAACAGACGCCAGUAUCUCCAACCAGGAAAUGGCACCACUUUAGCACAGCGCUGAUUCCAUUUUCUACAAAAGAACCAAUCGAAACGAAUGAGGUUCUCGAAAAGCCGUUUACCCCUAACAGCUCAUUAAUAAUCAAAACCUACCCAAUGACAGGACCAACGAACACAAUCCUGUUGAGUGAAGCUGAUACUAUGAUCACUGCGUUUCCACCAAGCCCUGUCCACAGGUUGACCUCAAAUAGUGCUACAACAACCACAGCUCUAAGCAGGGCUCAUCCCUCAAGGCCUACAGACACGAUUCUGUUCCGUGAAGCUGACAGUACGAAAACCUCUUCGUUUUCACUAAUCCCUUCACAACGUUCGUCGCCACAUAGUUUUCCAACAACAACAAUUCUAAGCAAUACCGAUCCAUUGGUAGCUGCCAUUCCUUUAGACACCCUCGGAAACACAGACCACAACAAUAAUAAGAAUGCCAUUAACCAUUCUGGAAUGGGUUUUUACAACAACAGUAACUCUGGAAAGGGCUAGUAUGAAUUCCUUACGUGGGAUUACUGUAGAACAGUUUUGAAUAAAUCCUGAAGGAAAUGCAUCUGCACGAAUUUUAUUUCGGAUAUUUUUGAAGAGGUGCACGAGUUUUCUUAACAUGUACACGUAAUGUUAUAAAUGCGAUACAGUUCACAAUAUUCCGUUCUCAAUAAAUGUAUUCAUGUA